AUGACAGAUACAGCAGAAACGAAGGAGUAUAUUCUUGAAAAGGACUGUGAACUGCGAUUUGAGAUAGAAAGCAAGACACAAAUCAUCGUUGAACUUAAAUCAGGAUUCGCAGAACUAUAUGGAACGGAACUUGUGAAGGCUAAAAAAUAUACAUUUCUACAAGGCGCAAAAGUAGCAGUGUUUUCAUACCAAGGAUGUGUUAUUUUAUUAACCGGCGAGCCAGAUGUAUGUUACAUAGCUCGGGAAACUCCAAUGAUCCAAUACCUUAAUACACAUUCAGCAAUAGAACAAAUGAGAGCAAAGGCAGAGGAGAGAGAAUCACAAGGACCAAUUGUUAUGAUUGUUGGACCAACAGAUGUUGGAAAAUCGACUGUAUGUCGAAUUCUUCUUAAUUACGCUGUUCGACUUGGUCAUCGGCCAAUAUUUACCGAUUUGGAUGUAGGUCAAGGAAAUUUGUGCGUACCUGGCAGCAUAUCGUCAUUAUUAAUUGAACGACCAGCUUCAAUAGAGGAGGGAUUUGCUCAAAUAGCUCCUUUAGUAGUUCAUUAUGGACAUAAAUCGCCAGAUGCCAAUAAUGAAUUUUAUAAAAGUUGUAUCUCAACGUUAGCUGACAUAACAAUUGAGAGAUUAAAGGAAGAUAAAAGAACGAUGGCAUCAGGAAUAAUUAUUAAUACUUGUGGAUGGAUUAAAGGACAAGGAUAUCAGAACAUCAAAGAUGCUGCAAAUGCAUUUCAAGUAGGAAUAAUCAUCGUCUUAGACCAAGAACGUUUAUACAAUGAAUUACUAAGAGAUAUCGAUUCAUCGUGUAAAGUUGUGUUUUUGCCGAAAAGUGGAGGAGUUGUUGAACGUAGUCAGCAAAUACGUGCUGAAAGCAGAGAUCUGAGGAUUCGGGAAUAUUUUUAUGGGUCGAGGUCGCCACUUUAUCCUCACUCGAUUGAUAUCAAAUGGUCAGACAUGAAAUUGUAUAAAAUAGGAGCGCCAGCACUUCCUGACUCAUGCAUGCCUCUCGGUAUGAAAGCGACAGACAACAUGACGAAAUUAUGGCCAAUUCAAACAGGACCGUCUCUAGUGCAUCAUUUACUCGCAUUAAGUUUUGCCGAAACAGCCGAGCAAGAUGUACUGAAAAAGAACAUUUUGGGAUAUGUUUGUGUAACAAAUGUUGAUGUUGAUCGACAAACAAUCACGGUACUCUCACCACAACCUAGGCCACUUCCGAAUGUCGUGAUGCUGCUGUCAGAGCUUCAGUUUAUUGAUAGUCAUUAA